AUGUCGAUUGCAGAAAUCGACACAGAGAAGGGCUCGAGUACUGUGGUUAAGUCCGCGGAUUCUGCGCAGACAGCGUCCUUCCGGCGGAUAUCCAAGGAGGAGGCAACGAUCGUGGAAGCGGAGCGCGACGUGCCCGACUCGGAGGUACAGCAAGACGAGGUGCCGCUGUACAACCCCCACAUCGACGUGAGCGGCGUUGACGAGAAGGCGCUCCUCCGCAAGAUGGACUGGCAGCUGGUGCCGUGGCUGUCAUUCUUGUUUUUGCUUAGUUUUUUAGAUCGGACCGCUGUCGGCAACGCCAAACUAUAUGGCAUAGAACAAGCGUUACAUAUCAACGACACGCAAUAUCUGAUCGCGCUUACUAUCUUCUUCAUUCCAUACGCAGUCUUCGAGGUGCCCUCAAAUAUCGUCCUCAAAAGGUUGCGACCGUCUUUAUGGCUUUCCUUCUUGAUGUUUGGGUGGGGAAUCAUGAUGACCGUACAGGGCCUUGUACAUAACUACAGUGGAUUGCUCAUCAUGCGGUGGCUUCUGGGAGCCUUCGAAGCGGGGCUCUUCCCCGGCGUAACAUACUACCUUUCAUGCUGGUACAGACGACAAGAGUUCGGCUUCCGCGCCGCAAUCUUCUUCUCCGCGGCAACUCUCGCGGGAGCGUUCGGCGGCCUGCUUGCGGCAGGCCUAUCGCAGAUGGCGGGCGUUGGCGGGAAGGGCGGUUGGGCGUGGAUUUUUAUCAUCGAGGGCCUCGUCACGGUCGUCGCGGGCGUGUUCUCGGUUUUCAUCAUCCAGGACUUCCCCGACACAGCGCGCUUCCUUACAGAGGCAGAGCGCACCUUCAUCGUGCGCCGCCUCCAGGCGGACGGCCAGAUCAGCGCGGCUGGCGAGAAGCUCAAGUGGAGUUAUAUCUGGCAGUCUUUGGCGGAUUGGAAGACGUGGCUUGGGAUGGCGUUGUAUAUGGGUAACGAAGGCCCGUUAUACGCGAUUGCCCUGUUUAUGCCAAGUAUCAUCGACCAGCUCGGAUACAGUGCGACACCCGCGAAUCUGCUGACCGUCCCUGUCUACGUCCUUGCAUGCAUCGCCACGUGUCUAGUAGGCUGGCUCGCCGAUCGUUAUGGCAGGCGAGGUUACUGGAACAUCGGAUGUAUGGCCCUCGGCGGCACUGGAUUUAUCAUCCUCAUAUCCUCGCGGAACGCAGCGCUGUCCUACUUCGCGGUGUACCUCGCGGCAUGCGGGAUAUAUCCCUGCGUGCCGAAUGUCGUCGCGUGGAUGUCGAAUAACCUUGAGGGCUCGUACAAGCGUGGUGUGUCGCUCGGUAUGAUCAUCAGCUGGGGCAACCUGAACGGCGCGGUCUCGUCAAAUGUCUACCGCGCACAGGACGCGCCUUGGUACACGCUCGGGCACGGGAUCCUGCUCAUCUACAUCGGCAUCUCGCUGAUCUGUAGCACGGCGUUCAUUAUACUCUUCGCGCGCGAGAACCGGCGGCGCGAGCGCGGAGAGCGCGACGAGGUGAUCAAGGGCGUGAACGAGGACCGCGACGACCUCGUGCGCAACGGCGUGUAUGCGACCGUGGAGGAGGCGAGGAGGGAAAAGGGCGACACAUGGAGUGGGUUCCGCUACCGCUAUUGA